AUGGUCGACGUUUUGAAAGCGGUGCGGAAAAUUCCGAAAUACAUGCGGGUUAAAGUGCUCGUCGGAGUGAGCGCCGCCAACGUGGGGGUAAUAGCGGGCUGCUUUUACAUCUACAAAAAGAACAGACCUGUAAACGACGACACACUAGAAGAACCGAGCGAAAGUUUCAGAAUUAAAACCUUCGAUGAGCUAGCCAAAAGUUAUGACGAAAAAAAUGACUUCAUAGAAAGAGUCACCUCCAUAAAUAAAUACAAAAAGAGAAACUUCCGAAAAGUGAAAGGAGUUGUCCUAGAAAUAGGGGCAGGGUCAGGAAGGAAUUUCUCAUUUUUAAAAAAAGUGGACGCCUUAGUAUGUGUGGAAAAAAGUGAAAAAAUGUGUGAAGAAAUGAAAAAAAAAUUGGAAAAAAUAAAACCGUCAUAUCCUGUAUAUAUCAUAAAUGAUGACAUAAAAAAUGAUCUCUUUCGUCCCAACGUUUUCGAUUCUGUCAUUUCGUCUUUCACCUUAUGUUCACUAGAGCAUGUGGACAACACCUUAGAGAAAGUCUACCAAGCGUUGAAACCUGAUGGUAGGUUCUACUUAAUCGAGAGAGGCAUCAUUUACAACAAAAUAAUUCGAUACAUUCUGAAAAAAUUAAAUUUAUAUCCUAAUAAAAGAAUUCCUUGGGAAUUUGGUUAUUAUGAAAAUAGGUGCCCCUUGCAGAUUUUAAAAAAUAAUAAUUUCCACGUCAUUUUUAAGUUAAUAAAAAAUGCUGGCAGCAUUUACAUACUUACAGCCAAGAAGCAGGGGGGCUCUUCUCCCCAUGUUAAGAAUGGUGCGUUCCUCGCGCGUGAGAACGAGGCGAAUGCAAUUCAAAAGACCGAUCAUCUGCAAAACGAAGUUAACGACAAAAGGGGAGUGGACCAAACGCGGGAUAAGGGGCCACCCAUCGACAUUAAGGAUAUUUUAUGUCAUCGAAUGGCCGCCCCGAUUUAUUACUCAUACAGGAAUGGGUAA